AUGUUCGUGGGUUCGGUAAAUGUGUUAAGGAAGCCACGGGGCUGCUGCUUUCACGGUUGGAAGUACUGGGCGAUAGAGCGCCAGGAGCGACUUGAACGACGGCAGCGACACGUCGCGUUUCGUUCGCCGAGUUCGAAGACUGGCCGGCCGUCGCUUUCUAUGGAGCUAUCGGAUGAGGUGCUGACUGCCCUGAUAGUCGGCGGAUUGGGUACCAUUGCGGGUAUAGGUUUGCUCGCGUUCACAGAGGUGCAAGGUGAGCGCGGGAAGGCCCGGGGUCGGCGUGAACCCUGCGUGGAAUGUCGUGGGGACGGUCAGGUUGCCUGCGGGUACUGCCAGGGCCGCGGCAAGCUCGGUUUCGGGCAGUAUGAAAAGGAAUGUUCGUACUGCAAGGGGCGAAGCACUGUGGUUUGUCUCAACUGCGGCGGGUCUGGUCUACAGCCCCGAUAUCUUGAUCGCAUUCGGCCGGAGGACCUCAUGGACUAG